GUGAAAGCCUUUAGAUUUACUUCCGUUACGUUUAAGCGGCUGCUAACAGAACAUGUCUGAAAAAAACAUGGAAGAGAAAGUUGAGCACGCUACAAACAGUAAAAAUGUGUCUCUGCCUAUGUCGAGGGUGCGAUUAAUCAUGAAAAGUUCUCCCGAUGUGUCCUGUAUUAACCAGGACGCUCUUUUCUUGACAACAAAAGCAACGGAGCUUUUUGUCCAGCACUUGGCUCUGUCCUCAUAUAAAAAUGGUUCGGGUAAAGAGACGAACACGCUGUCAUACAGUGAUCUGGCCAAUGCAGCAGAGGAGAAGGAAACAUUUCAGUUUUUAACCGAUAUCCUUCCUAAGAAAAUCUUGGCCAGAGACUAUCUAAAGUCACUAGAAGAAAUGAAAAAAGAUGAUGACAACCUGUAGUGAUGUAUAGCAAGUCGGAGGAAAUCACUGUGAACUGGUCCUGACCACUUCCUCACUAAAACAGUGGAUAAAAUCAUAGGACAUUGUCUUACACAUCAGGACAUUUCACCCAAAGAGUUGUACUUUUACACCUCUGUUGUUUUAGAGAGGUGUUUUACAUGUUUUACUUAAUGUAGUCUGCAUGUUUUAGCACCCACUUACACUAUGCUGUGUGUCAAAAUGUCUGUAGCCACUGCAGAUUCACAACUGAACCACUGUGAGUACUGGAAACCAGGAUAUAUGGUGCUUUGUCAUGCAUCAUUGUUCUUUUAUUACUGCUUGACACCAUGAUUUGUAUGUUUCGGAAAGAUCCAAACAUCUAUACAGUCCAUUCCAUUCAAUGUGAAAUCAGACCUUGCUCAUAUGUCUAAAAAUUGAAAAUGUUUUUCUCAGGGUUUAAAAUGUAUUUUGGAGGUAUAUUUCAUGGCCAUGCUUUAACAUUUUAAUCACUGAGGAUAAAAAUGCAUUUGAUUCAUACUUGACUUUGGACUGCAGCUGAAGAUUUAUAUAGUGUACUGUAUCGUUUUUAAAUGCUUGAACAGUUUG